AUGAGGCCUGGAGAGGAUCCCGAGGGUGGCAGCUUCUUGGAGGAAAGCAGCGGUGGGGGUGAUGACAAUAGUGUCCUGGGAGGGGACAGCCUGGUCACAGGGCCGCUGGGUGCAGUGCUGCUGGUCAUGUGCCUCACUGGGAUGGCGGGGAACAUCUACACGGUGGUGGUAGCCUCCGGCAGGGUGGCGGGCCACUCAGCAGGCUCCUUGGGGGUCUACGUGAUCAACCUUGCCCUGGCUGACCUCCUGUACCUCUCCACCAUCCCCUUCGUGGUCUGCACGUAUUUCGCCCAUGACUGGUUCUUUGGGGAUGUGGGCUGCAGGCUUUUGCUCAGUCUGGACCUCCUCACCAUGCACGCCAGCAUCUUCCUCCUGACCGCCAUGAGCCUGGAGAGGUACUGGGCGGUGGCCAGGCCGCUGCGGGCCAGGCGGGCCAGCAACACUUACCGCAAACUCGCCAGCACUGUCCUCUGGCUCCUCUCGCUCCUGCUUACGGCCCCCAUGAUGGUGAUGACCCAGCUGCGGGAGGAGGAUGGCCCCCACAAGCGCAUCUGCAUCCCCACCUGGACACCAGCAGCCUUCCGGCUCUACCUGACGGUGCUCUUUGCCACCAGCAUCCUGGCACCCGGCGUGGUGCUGGGUGUUGUCUACACCCGCCUGGCCCGGGCGUACCGGUCCUCUGCCUGGGGCCGGGGCCGGGCCCCUGCCCGGCAGCUCUUCUCCAGGAUCUCCGCCAUUGUAGUGGCCUACUGGGCCUGCUUCCUCCCCUUCUGGGCCUGGCAGCUGGCAGGGCUGUACUGGGGCAGGGGGCUGGGCAUCAGCCCCACCACCCAGGCCUACCUCAACUUCGGUGUCACCUGCCUGGCCUACGGCAACAGCUGCAUCAACCCCUUCCUCUACACCCUGCUCGCUGGCAGCUACCGCCGGCGCCCUGGCCGCAGCGGGAUGGGCAUGGCACAGCCCCGGGCACUCUUCCAGGAGGCUGCAGGGGGCACAGUGGGAGGCCACAGCAUCCCCCUGGCUUUUGGGGAGUUGUCAGGGUCUGUGGGGGGAAGUGAGGGGUGA